GUUUAGAAGAGACGAAAUGGUUUGAAAAAGCUUCAAAAUUUAGGGCGAUUUCUUGCUAAAUCUGUGGAAGAAUCAGAGAAAUUUAGGCGUUUAGGUGUUUUUUUUUUUUUUUUUUUGGGGGGUUAAUUUGAUAUGAAGCCACACGAAGAUUGGGUUGAUGAAUCUUGGACAGUAGAUUGUGUUUGUGGUGUGAAUUUCGAUGAUGGUAAAGAGAUGGUUGAUUGUGAUGAAUGUGGUGUUUGGGUUCAUACAUGGUGUUCUCGUUAUGUUAAAGGAGAUGAUUUGUUUGUUUGUCACAAGUGUAAGAUCAAAAAGAACGACGAUGAAUUGUCGAAGUUAUCGGUUACUAAAUCGUUGAGAAUGGAGAACUCAUCUAUUCAGAGUGAGACUGUUGUAUUGAAGACUUGUUCUGAGAUACCAAUUGAAGAAAGGGUUCAUGUACAAGGAGUUCCUGGUGGUGAUUUGGCUUUGUUUGAAUGUGUUUCGUCGGUUUUUAGUCGGCAGCUUUGGAAGUGUUCUGGUUAUGUGCCUAAGAAGUUUAGGUUUCAGUAUAGGGAGUUUCCUUGUUGGGAUGAGAAGGAGAAUGUGUGUGAUGUUGGUGGUGAAGAAGAUACUUGUGCUGGUGUUUUGUUGUCUAUGUCGAAAGAAUACGGUGUGGAUGGUAAGGGAAAUCGGGGUUCUAGAGGAAUUGAGAUGAUACAUUCUCGGAGUGAUGUAGACAAAGAGAAGAGCUUGCUUUGUACUUUGAGUAUAAAUAAGAGGAGGAAAGGAUCGCCGGGUGGUUUUGAAGAUCGGGUUAAGAAGAAGGUUAAAGUUGCUGACAAAGAGGAAGAAGAUGAUAUAAGAAGGCUUUGAUUUGGAUACAGGAGAGACAUUAUCUGUUACACAACCAACAUUUCUUAUUUUUGUAGAUAUUUAAGUUUAUUCUUUGAAUCACUAGUAUUUUCGACCUACAUUUAUUCUACGCUAUACAAAGCUCGCGAGGGAGAACCAUUAAUAGUGGUCUUGCUAUGAAGGUUGGUAGUGAUGCCGCCAUUAAUAUCGCAGCUGAAUGCUCCAGGGAACAAUGAAUAUCCGAGGUUCAU